GCUGCGCCGAUUUCUCGCGGUAGAAAAGUUGGGGAAAGAAUUCGCCGAGCUUUGUUUAUUUACAUACGUUACAUACGUUAUAUACGUUGCAUACGUUCCAUACGUUACAUACGUUGCAUACGUUACAUGGCUUUUUAAUUGGCCUGCGCGAGAGUGUACGAGUUUUCGAGUGUGUGCAAAAUAAUUUGCCUUAUUUUGUGCCCUUCUGUUUUUAUUUUUUUUCACAUUUUUUUCACUUUUUUUGCUGUAAAGUGCCUACCAAAAAAUUAACCAAAAAAGAAAGAUACAAAGAUAGAAAAGAGAGUGUGUGUGAGAGAGUGCUAACCUGGCUGCAUGCGAACUGGCAGGAAGUAGAGCGCCAUUAAGCCAACAACAGUACAUCACAUCACAUCGCAUCACAUCGCAUCAGAUCAGUUCAGGCCACAUCAAGAGGCAGUUAGAACCAUGGAAAGACGCGGCCCAAACAGAUUUGCUAAUUGAGGUCGUUGUCUAGAUUUUGCAGCUCACAAAUCGCACGCCAUUUUCUAGCAUGCUCCACGAAUAUUACGAAACUCGAUCGAAAUUUUGAAGCCACCGCCGAGUUGAGCAAGUUCAGACACGUUGCAAACGGACCCGGAAACGGAAGCGGAAGCGGAAGUCGGUGCAGGAGGAAGAAGAGGAAAACCAGCGAGCGAGAGAGAGAGAGAGAGAGAGGGUGAAACACUUGCGAAGCCCCGCCCACAACAUGAGCAGCAUGAAGGGCGGCUUCUCCACACUGAACCGCUGGUUUGGCCGAAAAAAGGACAAAUCCGGCACUGGCAGCUCCUCCAUGGGCAAGUUGUCCAAGUCGUCGACGCAGUUGCACCAUCUGUCCACGGACACGGACCUAAACGAGACUAGUCAAUUGGAGUACAACCGGAUAACGCCGGUGCCCGCGGCCACCAGCAAUGCGCCCUUCGAACAGACCUUCCGCAUCACCGUCCUGCUGCCGAAGGAUCAGCUCUUUGUGGCCCGACUGGGUGCCAGGGUUCCGCUGAGCAAGCUCCUGUCGCUCGUCUGCGACAACAAGCAGCUGGACGCGGACAAGUACGAGUUUCGCAGUCCAGUGGAUGCUAGUCAGGUGUACAGUUGCGAGUCAACGAUCGGAACAGUGGGCCUCUCCGAGAUUCGACUGUGCCACAAGUCGGAGUCGUAUGACAACUUCAAUCCGGAUGUGAUGCACAAAUUCCAGCGCACCGGAGUCGCUCGCGACUCGUUGAGCAGCAGCUCGGACUUCAGUAGCAGCCGGCACUCGAAGGUCACGGCCAAAACGCCGAGUCCGUACAGUUCCAGCAACUCACUGAACUCCAUGGACUCCACGGGAAUGAACUACACGCGCACCCCGGUGGUGGUGCCGCCAGCCAAGGUACUAGCACCACCACCGCGCAAGAAGCGAGCCGCUCCACGGCCACCAAGCCAGAUAUGCAUUCCAGAGCAGUCCGUUCCGGAUAUUCCGGCUGCCAGCUUGAAGAGCGAACCCGCCUAUGCGGUAAUUGUCAAGCGCCCCCAGCUCUGCAUGUCCACGCCCAAUCUAUCCGGUGCGGUGGAGUUGGACUGCAAUGGGAACAGCUCAAAGUCGCCGGAUGAGGACUCCACGGAUGGCCAUUAUGCUACAUUGGAACUGAAACCUCCGAUCGCUGGCGGGCCAGAACCAACGCCCCGGAAACGUUUGCUGCAGAUCAAGAAGAAAACGGCACCGGCUCCGCCGCCGGACUUCCAAAGUGGGGGAGACAACAUAUCGCUGGCCUCCCUACCGGAACCAGAACCGGUGACACCCACCCCGAAUAUUCCGCAACCGGCGCCUAGGAUAACCACUCCCUUGCCCAUUGCCCCGACCGCCAAUCCUCCACUUCCAAGUCAGACCCAAGUAAAUGGCAAUGGCAAUGGCAUUGGCAUUGGAUCACCGAAUGGCAACGUGUCCAAAGUCCUACUGAACAGAACUCCCACCCCAGAGCCGCGAUCCUUGGGCAGUGCCACAGAGGAUGAUGACAACGAUGCGGCUUCCAAGCAAGCUGAUUCCGGCAUUGGAGAGCCAGCGCCAUCGCCUUCCGUCACACCCGAACCAGAGGCGGAGAAAUCGCAGCAGGAAUCGAGCUCCGAGGACGAUGAGGCCAUCAAGGUGUACAAUUUCAAGCUGUGCCAGACAUCCAAGAAGCCUGAACCAACGACAACCAGUCUGGCGGAACUGGCAGCUCUGACCGCCCAGGAGUGCGAGGAAGUGGAUAUCCAUCCCGUGGAGCAGCCGGCGAGCAUAACAAAUGGAAAUCUGGCCACUCCCGGCAGUGAAAGCUCGCUCACCUCGUGGAACUACUCGGUGCCCAUCUCUCCGCCUCCCGACUUCUCCGAUCAGCAAAUGCAGAAACGCAAUGCUGGUUCGGUGAGUCCUGGCUCGCCGCUGGACGAGAUCGUGGAUGAACUGGCCACCAUAAUCAACCAACAGCGCCUGGACACGUUGAUAAAGAAACAACCCGAUCCCCAGCUGGCUGAAAUCGAAUCGGCCAAACCAAAUCGCUUGGCCAACUUCAGCAUAACUACGGCCAAAAGUACGACCAGAAUCGCACGAGCUGACUCCUUUCAGGCAGGCGGCUCGGGCGGCGAGACGGAGGUAACCGCGCCUGGAAGAGCUCUGAGUAAUCGCAGCUCUUCGCACGUCUCCCUCAACAAGCUGGAGCAGAAUGGCACUAGUUUGGGCCAGAGACGCUCCUCCAGUGAGUUGAGCAUUGGUGAAUCACCCUCAUUGCAAAGUCCCGAGGUGAUCAAGACCAUCCUGAACUCCAGAAAAAACAGUUUGGCUGAAGGUGGAGGCAGUGCCGCUACGCCUGUUACAGACCAACCAAAGAUCAUUAAGGCGCUGGAGAGCCUGGCCAAAGAACAAUCAUCAGUGGAUGGAGUUACAACCAUCAGCUCCUCUCGAACUGUCACCCACGUACCACAGUCACCCACAUCUGUCCCGAAAAAGUCGAAUCCUGAUGUGGAGCAAACCACAUCGCCUGUUGUCAGAGCUGUGCAGGAAGCCCAUCCAUCCUCACCCGUACUGCAGAAGUCAUCGCCUGUACUGCAGAAGUCAUCGCCUGCAGUGCAAGAGCAGCGAACUUCGCCAGUUGAAGGGCCAUCGCCACCUCCUGCUGUGAAGCCUGUCGAGGAGCAAGCUAUUUCGUUGCCUCCAAAGGAGAUAGCCGUUCCUAAAGAAUCGCCGCCACCUGUGGCCAAGAAGGAGUCACCUCUCCCUGUGUCAAAGAUGUCUCCGCCAGCUGCCAAGAAGGUGCCAGAGCCAUCCCCAACAGUUCAAGCAGUCAAGGAGGAAUCCUCAAGCAAUGCGAGCGCCCAAACGACGAUAACUCCGCCAAAUACCCCAGCCACUCCAGUCAGUCCGGUUAACUUGCGAAACGCCAAUGAGAACGCCGUGGUGGAGAAUGAGCCAAGUCAGCGGAUUGAACCAGCUCCGAGCUCCAAGCCGCUGCCAACCACAUAUCGGUAUUCCGGACCACCGAGCAUUAAUUUCGCCACCUGGAGCGAACGACCCAAAUCGACUGUGGCCAUUAAGAACGAAGGCGACUACAUCUUUGGCGGGGCGGGCAAGUCGCAACAGGUGACUUCGCCGCCUGCCAAGCUCACCAUCGAAGUGGCUUCACCCAUUCUGAGAAUGGGUAUUCCCCAGCGAAAGGAAUACCACGUCCCCAUUACGGUUAAGCCACUCAAAGAUGAGAUCUUGGAAAAUCAACAGCAGGUGAAGCAGGAGAAGAAGGAGAAGCCGCAGGUCCAGCAGCUAAAGGAUCAAGAAAUCGUAGAGGAAACAUUUUCAGUUCAAGUAAAGCUUAAGACGCCGGUAAAACCUGUAGAAAAACGCAUAGAAAAUCGCAUAGAUCCACUGGCGCAGGCCCAAAAUCCACUUCAAAACCAUUCCUCCACAUUACCGCGUCCAGCCAAAAGCAAUCGCUUCACUCUACCCGCUGCCCAAGCCAACCAGGUGGCCAACAACUUGGCCAUGAACUCCCUGCCACGCCCCGUUUCCAGUUUGGAGAGGAACAGGCCGCCGGUGGAAGCCAGUCCUGCACCAGCUCCCUUUGGCCAGAAUACUCUGCGCCGCACCGGGUUCAAGGAGCGUAUGUUGGCCAAGGAGCAGCAGGAACACGAGCAGGCCCUGAGAAUAAGGGUGUCCGUAAACGGAAACGGAAGCACUUCAUCUGCAGCUGCCACGCCCAAGUCCCCGCCAGAAAGCAAACCAGCACCGCCGGCGAAAAGUGCGAGCGUGGCCUUGAGGUCCACCAAAGUGGAGCUAAAGCUCCAGGAGCCGGAAACCAAGCCGGAGACCAAGCCGGAAACCAAGCCGGUGAGCCUGCAGGUCAAACUCAAGCCCACACCGCAGCCAGUGGCCACGCCCUCGCCGCCGCCGCCGCCUCCCGUACAAGUGGUCCCGGCUCUGAAGCCCGUGAAAAGCAACGGCGGACGCAGUGGUCCCACCACGCCGGAUCCGCGCUCCCAACUGAUGGACGCGAUACGGAACUUCAAACGCGACGAGCUCAACCGAUCCUGAGUUUUCAUGAGUAAACUGAGGAAAACUGAAACUGAAGUCAGGCGGAAAAUCACAGAAGCAGCGCACAAGUUAUAUAUUUUUUAAACCGUUAACAGUACAUUUUGAGUGUUGAGUUUGUAAAUAAUUUCGAAAGAGCCAAGAUUUAGUAGAACUUAUUUUCACCCCCAUCCCCGCGCUUCUGAAGCGCCCCUCCCCCAUUUUUUUUUAACUAAUCUUAGUUUUUGUUAUGAACUAUGUAGUUUUUUAAAAAGUUUGUUUUAGUCAUUAGGUCACAAGAGAACCCAAAAAAAAAACACAUUAACAAGAAAAACGAAAAGCGCAAAAUUUAUCUAUAUAAAUAUAUAUAUAAAUAUCUAUGUAUGUUAUUAUGCCGAGAUAAUAUUUCGUACGUCAUAGUGAAAUAUAGUAACCAAUUUUCUAACCAAUGGGACUGGUCUACUUAGUCGUGUCAAACAAAUAAAAACAAACGGUAGCGAAAGAAACUAGCCCAAAACCGAGAGUUAAUAAUGCUAAUAAAUUAUUUUUAAACAACUGCAGUUGAUGCGCUGAUGUAUAUAUGUAUGGCAUUGUAUUAAACUGAAUAAAAUAAAAAAUAAAAUCUGA